UCACUCUUCUAUAUAUCCUUACAACGUCACUUUAGCACAAUGACCAUGGGCAAGAUCAUCUUUUACGAGGACAGGAACUUCCAGGGCCGUUCCUAUGAGACCAGCAGCGACUGCCCUGAGCUGACCUCCUACCUGAGCCGCUGCAACUCCUGCAGGGUGGAGAGCGGCUGCUUCAUGGUCUACGACCGCUCCAACUUCCAGGGCAACCAGUACUUUGUGAGAAGGGGCGAGUACUCCGACUACCAGCGCAUGGGCAUGAGCGACUGCAUCAGGUCCUGCCGCAUGAUCCCCAUGCACAGAGGACCCUUCAGAAUGAAGAUCUACGAGAGGGAGAACUUCGGUGGACAGAGUCACGAGGUUAUGGAGGACUGUGACAACAUGCAGGAUCGUUACCGCAUGUCCGACAUGCAGUCCUGCAACGUGAUGGACGGCCACUGGCUCAUGUACGACCAGCCCCAUUACAGCGGCAGGAUGAUGUACCUGAGGCCCGGCGAGUACAGGAACUUCAGGGACAUGGGCAUGAGCAACCAGAUGAGAGUCAACUCCAUGAGGCGCAUCAUGGAUUCCUGUUAA